GUGAAGCCAACCCCGAUCCUGUUGCCCAUCAACAUCCUCGAGGACUUCACCAAGCCGUUGUCUCUGAGCUUCCGACUCUUCGGCAACGUUGUGGCGGAUGAGCUGACUGUGGGAGUGUUGUGCUUCCUGGUGCCCUUCAUCAUCCCACUGCCCAUUAUGGGCCUGGGUCUCUUCGCAG